GCAGCCAGAGCCAGAGCCACACAUUCAUAUGGAGAUGUAGGACUAUAAAUAGGAGGCACGAAGCCAGUGGAGAUCACAUUGUGGACAGCACACACAUCCAGCCAUGGCACCUACAAUCACUGCAGCAGUCUGCAACUCUCAGCAGCACGUGACACUCACACACAAGCUCAGAAAGCCUCUGGUGGAGAAGUUACGCCGAGAGCGAAUCAACAGCAGCAUCGAGCAGCUCAAGUCUCUCCUGCCUCGAGAGUUCCUCACGCAGCAGCCGGACUCCAAGCUGGAAAAAGCAGACGUCCUGGAGAUGAACGUCUGCUUCCUGAGACGAGUCAAGUCUUUGGACGGCUCACCCGUGCAUCGGGGUUACUCAACGUGUGUCCGAGAGGUGGUGCACUUCCUGUCGGAGGAGCGGGCGAGGACGCACUUGCAGCAGCUUCAGUCUUCCUGUGAGGGGAAGCUGAGAGAGGAGGUCUUCUCGCCUCUGAGCUCUCCAGUCCUCAGCAACAUCAAAAAGCAGGAGAGCGCAGCUCACGGCGCCCAAUGGAGGCCCUGGCAGACACAGACUCACUGUUGUGACUAUGUUGGUCAAAGAUGACUGCACCGAUUUCUUCACUAUUGAAGUCACGUCUUUCUAAGUUAAUAUUUUUAUUAAUUUUAUUUAAUUUCAGAAAUGAUGCUGAAAAUAUCUUUAGUCAUGCAUAAUGCAUGAAUCUACGGAGACCCUGAGGGGACAUGAAUCACAUCUAAUUGCAUUUGCAAUGUUUAACUUUUUCAAGUAUUUUUAUAAAUGGACAUGUUAACAAAUGAUGUUAAUAUCAAAUAUUAUUGAUCAUAUUGAUCAUAUUGAUUUAUUUGCUGGUUGACGUCCUAUGGAAACAACAGCACUAAUAUGAUCUUGUCAUGCAUGUUGUAUGAACAGUUGGAUUGCUUUUGCAAUCAUUAUUAUUCACUGCUAACACUUUUUCAUAUCUUUUUAUAUGAAAAUGAUGACCGCUAAUGGUACUUCCUGCUGUUAUUGAUCAUAUUGAUCCAAAUUAUUUUCUCAAAGUAAGAGUAGCAAUAAUGUGUUUCAUGCUGAGAAAGAAGUUGUAUUUUGUCAUGCAUGUUGCAUGAGUGACAUUCGCUUGCAUCAGUAAUGGUGAUGUGUUAUAAUGUGUUUAAAUACUCUGAUGACAUUUGUCAUCUUGUAGUGUUCAUUGUUCAAAGUUCAAAGUCCUUUUUGGAUGUUUUGCUCAUUCAGCAUGAGCACCGUGAGAUCAGUUUGAAGAUCUUUUUUAAUGAUUGCAUGAAUAUGAGGCAAGGACAACUUUUAUUGUUAUAUGAUAAUGUGUCGUGUUGCCAUGUGAUUGUUUGUGUCAAAUCUUCGAUGUUCUAGCCAUGGACAAUUGAUGAAUUUCACUAAUGUGAAGACUGAAAAAUGAUCUGUUUUAAGAUCACUGUGCUUUUCUUCUGUGCUGUCGUCGCUCAGCGAUGAUGUCACUAUCAUGUUUGGACUUGCCGGGUCCUCAGAAUAAUCUGAUCUGUUGUAAGGUCCACUUUUCCUGCUUUCUGUUAUGAGGAAUGCUGGGAGGAGUGAGCGCUCACUUCCUGUUGCUCUUUAGUCUUGUCUAAAGACUGAUGUAUGGUAUUGAUGUAUACAUUUGUGUGUAUGUGAAUGUGUCCUCCAAUUACUGUGAGUGCAGUGUGUCUUGUAUACGUCUACAAGUUGUUGUUGUGA